AUGUUUCAAUAACUAUUUGAUUAUCUACGAUUACCUAGCUUUGUAGGAGAUUCUAUUCCAUAAGACCGUAAACAAGAUUAUUAAUGACUCAUAGCUACAGAUAUCAAGAUAGGAGUAGGUUAAAGUGCAAUUAGAAAGAUUUUCAAAGUACAAGAUUAUGAUCAAUACGAAAGAAUGCAAAUAAGUUCAUUAGCUUAAGCAUUAUAAAAGAGUUAAUAAUAUAAUCCAAACCUUCAUACAGAUGAUCUAUUAUUAAGAUAUCUUUAUGCUAAUAAAUUCAAUAUUCAAGCAUCAAUUGAUGUAAAGAUGAUUAAUCAUGCUAGCAAUUUGUUUAAACUAAUGAGAUCUUUAAAUAACUUGGCUAAUUGAGACUAGAUAAAGAAGUGGUAUAACUUUAUGUAAAUAAUAUAAUAUAAAUUAAAAGUAAAAAGGAGCAAUUUACAUAGAGGGAAGAACUAAGAAUCAUAUUCCUUGUAUAGUAGUUUCUACUAAAUUGGUUGAUGAUUUGGUUUUAUUUGAAAGAGCUGCCAUUAUAUUAUGUGCAAUAGUUGAGGAUUACAUGUUUUAUAAUGGGAAAAUAGAAUCUUGGAUAGCUGUCAUUUAAACUAAAGAUUAGAGUGCUUAUAAAAUGCAAUUGGAUAAAAUCUUCUCUAUAAUUAAAGUAUUGUAGACUUGUUUCCCUAAUACAUGUGAAGCAGUCUAUAUACUAAAUGCUACACUCUCUAUAAAUUUACUCUGGUCGUAAAUUGAAGGUAAUACUUUACAUAUUAGACAGAAUACAUAAGUCCUAUGACUCUAUAAAAAAUCAAAUUCUUGAAGGAUAAAGAAUUGCCCAUUUUAUCCAAUCAAUUCCUUCCUGAAAAACUUGAGCAAUCCUUAGGAGGAGAAAAAAUUAUUAAACAAUAUUGGCCUCCAGAUGAAAACGAUUACUAUUAUGAUUAACCUCCUUAAUAAUAAAAACAAUUCUUUGAUUAUGAAGAAUAACCUUAAGUCUUCUUUUCAGAAAAUAAUAAUCUAUAAUACAUGAAUGAAGCUCCUAUUUUACAUGAAGAAAUAUAAUAACCUGUUCCAGUACAAUAAUCCCCAUAAUUGAAGAAAGAAGAAACUGAUUCUGUUCCUGAAAAAAAAAAAAAAUGCAUUUGUGUUAAAUGUUCAAGAGAUUUAGAAGAUUUGGCUUCUUAACCUUCUUAACCUCGAUAACGUAAACCUUCUGAACUUUAACCUGUUAAUAAACCCAUUAUACCGUAAUAAGAACCAUAAAAGUAAAUAGCUCAAUAAUAAUUGGACGAUACUUAUGUACCCUAUGAAAGAAAAUAUGAUAGUUUUAUUAAUGAUACUAGUUUAUUAAUUCCAAAGAUUAUGAAUGAUACUAUGUAAUAAGAUUAAAAGGAGGAACAAUAAUUUGGAGGUAAUUCAUUUAAUAAUUAAUAACAAUAAUAAUAUAUUCAAUAACCUGAAAUUAAUUAAAAGAGUAACAAACCUUCUUUUACAAAUCCAUUUUAUAAUGCUGAUUCAAUGUAAGGAUCAUAAUAAAUAGAACCAAAAUAACCACCAAUAAUAUCAAAUAAAGUAAGUUAAGAAAUUCAAGCAAAUAUGGAUGAUACAAUAAUUGAUGAUAAACCAGAUUAUUAACCAAAAUAUAUUAACAAACAUAAUCGUCCAUAAUAAUCUUCUAAUUUUUAUUAGCCAUCUCAAUCAAGUCGUUUAACAAAUAAUAACCCAAAUUUAUACAAUUUUCAAAACAUUCCUAGUUACAAUCCUAUAAAUUAUGCUUAAUAUUAAUAAUAACCUUUGACAUCUUAAUCAUAUAUACCAACUAUGUAAACUUAACCGUAGAGUUAAUAAUACAUAAAUGUAGAACCUUAACUUUAGAAAUUUGAUGCAAUUUAAUAGUAACCAGUAUAAGUACAGGACUUCGAUUAUAAUAAUUAUAAUCCUAACUAAUCUCCUUAUGCUCCAUAACUUUCUAAUGAUCCAAAAAAGAAGUAUGAUUUUAGUUAAUGGGAUAAAUAUAAUGAUGGAAAUGAUGUUGUACCAAUGCAAUCUUAUGUACCAAUAACAAAUACUUAUACAAAUCCAUAUGUACAAUAGAGUCCUAACAAUAAUUAUCCUAUUAGUGAAGACUAUAAUAAAAUAUAUGAUACUACAAAUGAUUAUAAACCAGGAGAAUUUAGACCAUCAACUUACAAUUUUACCCCUUAUGAUUAUAGAUAUAGCGAUUAACAAUUUUAGCCAAGUACUACUACUAAAGAAAAUGGGUAUAAUUCAAUAAUUAUUAUUUAGAACACAAUAAUUAUAUCAAUAGAAACCAGGAUAGUAGGCAUGUUAAAUAUUUUGA